CAUCCAGCGUCAGCCCGCCGUCGUGAAUCUGUCCGGUCAGGAUCCACCCCCAGCGUGAGGCACCUCGUCGGGCAAAAAAAAAGUCAAGCCAGGCUCUCCGACCCCUCUGGACCGUCGAGGUCCCGCGAUGGGGAAGACCGGCCAGAGCACAGUGGAGUUAAACUCCCCGUCAGAGGUGAAGCAAGCGGUUCCCUCUGACGAGCUGGAUCCCACGGCGCCCCCUGAGGACAAACAGAAGACACCGGAGGAGCCGCCUGAGAGGGGGAGCUGGAAGGGGAAGUUUGAUUUCCUGCUGUCCUGUGUUGGCUACGCCAUCGGUUUGGGAAAUGUCUGGAGAUUCCCUUACUUGUGUGGGAAGAAUGGUGGCGGCGCCUUCCUGAUCCCGUACUUCAUGACCUUGGUGUUUGCCGGGAUUCCUCUCUUUUUCCUGGAGACGGCGCUGGGCCAGUUCACCUCCGUGGGGGGACUCGGGGUGUGGAGACUCAUGCCCAUGAUGAAAGGUGUCGGUCUGGCCGCCGUGGUCCUGUCUUUCUGGCUCAACAUCUACUACAUCAUCAUCAUCGCCUGGGCUCUGUACUACCUAUUCAACUCCUUUGGUUCAGAGCUGCCUUGGCAGAGCUGUGAUAACCCCUGGAACACGGAGAGCUGCUUUUCCAAUUACAGCCUGACGGACACCACCAACCUGACCAGCGCCGUCACAGAGUUCUGGGAGCGAAACAUGCACCAGCUGUCCGGCGGUCUGGAGGAGCCCGGCGAGCUGCGCUGGCCCUUGGUGGGCACCCUGGCGCUGGCCUGGGUCCUCGUCUACUUCUCAAUCUGGAAAGGAGUGGAGUGGACGGGGAAGGUGGUGUACUUCUCCGCCACGUACCCCUACUUCAUGCUCUUCAUCCUCUUCUUCCGGGGGGUCACUCUUCCCGGGGCCAUCGACGGGAUCCGUUUCUACAUAACUCCAGACUUCAACAAGCUCGCCCGAUCUGAGGUUUGGCUGGACGCCGCGACCCAGAUCUUCUUCUCCUACGGACUGGGCCUGGGUUCGCUCAUCGCGCUGGGAAGCUACAACUCCUACAACAACGAUGUGUACAAGGACUCCAUCAUCGUCUGCUGCAUCAACUCCUGCACCAGCAUGUUCGCCGGCUUCGUCAUCUUCUCCAUCGUGGGCUUCAUGUCCUACAUCACUAAGAAACCCGUGCAGGAACUGGCAGCAUCAGGUCCAGGUCUGGCGUUUCUGGCCUACCCUCAGGCCGUCACCCAGCUGCCCAUGUCGUCACUGUGGGCCAUCCUGUUCUUCUCCAUGCUCAUGAUGCUCGGCCUCGACAGUCAGUUCUGCACCGUUGAAGGAUUCAUCACGGCCCUCAUGGACGAAUAUCCCCUGGUGUUGAGGAAGAGGAAGAAGGUCUUCAUCCUCAUCGUUUGCAUCGUCUCCUUCAUCAUCGGCUUCUCCAACAUCACCCAGGGUGGUCUGUACGUGUUCAAGAUGUUUGAUUACUACUCCGCCAGCGGGAUGUGUCUCCUCUUCCUCGUCUUCUUCGAGACCACCUCCAUCUCCUGGUUAUACGGAGCCGAACGGUUUUACAAGAACAUCGAGGACAUGAUCGGCUAUCGGCCGUGCGUCUGGUGGAAGCUGUGCUGGAUGUUCUUCACUCCCCUCAUCUGCCUGGGCGUGUUCACGUUCAGCGCCAUCGAGAUGACCCCGCUCACCCUGGGGAAGUACAUGUACCCGCUGUGGGGCCAGGUGAUCGGGUGGUGCAUGUCGUUGUCCUCCAUGAUCCUGAUCCCGGGUUACGUCGUCUACAUGUUCUGCACCUCCAAGGGCAGCAUGAAGCAGCGCUGGCGGAGGAUGACGACGGCCCAGGAGGGCCCGAAGCCGUCGGGGCACGAAGACUUCAAUCACGCAGGGAACGUGGGCGAAGCUCCCGUCUAAGGCUGGAGCGAUCCGACUGCCAAGGCCUUAAAGUAGCCAACACUAAAACAAAUCUGACAUUUUUGGGGCGGACCGGGUCCCGUUUCCGUGUUCUCUGGAGGAUAAAGCACUUUACCGUCCGGCUUCUCCCCCUCAAGCUGUACGGGAAAACCUUCGAUAGAUGUUUCUUUUAGCGGUAAAGCUGAAUGUUGAACAUAAGGCGAGUUUCCAGUAGCAGGAGUUCCAGGUGAAUACCGUAUGGACCUGAAUAUAAGACGGUGUUUCUUGCAUUGAAAUAAGACUGAAAAAGUGGGGGUCGUCUUCCAUUCGGGAUCUAGACGUUAUACCCAUUCACAACGCUAGAUGGCGCCAGAUAUCUUAAAGUGAAUGCCAAACUUAAUUCCCCAGGCCAAAGCGAACCCCUGUCACGAAGAAGAAAAAUAAAAAAUAGCGGUAAGGAAGAAAAGAGAAGAAAUUAACAGAAGAGAUAACAGAAAAUGGAGAAACGUAGAUCGGUUAUGAUGUAAGUUAUGAUGCAAACUUCAAGAUGACGAUUUGAAUGAGGCAAAAUAACAGGCUUUUUCUCUCAUAUAUAUUUGUUUCAGAUGUACUGUAAUUAUUUUCUGUGUCAAAAUUUUAUUUGGUGUUUAAAAAGUCUUUUUUCAAACUUGAGUGGGGUCGUCUUACAAUCAGGAUCGUCUUUUAUUCGGGCCAAUACGGUAUGCCGGACAGGAACCUCUAACCGUCUCCUCGGGCCCUUCAGCCGGCAUUUUUCCACUACAUAAGAACCGUUAAUUGAAAAUGGUGCCGCCGACCAAGAGGUGGCGGUAACGUCCUUUUUAUUCAGUUCACAAAUGGGCAGCAGCAGAAGAAACACGUAAACAACAGAUGCUACUUGCUUUUUUCUUCUUUAUUUUUAAACAUACACGCGGUCGUAGCGAUUGAGAUUAAAAUCCCCCCCACCACCACCACACCGUUAUAUUGCCGUAAUAUUUUAUUUUCAUGUACUCUCUAACGGCAUCAAAUGUACUCAUAGCAAAAUGUCUGGGGCCUCAUUUAUAAAAGAGUGCGUAGGAUUCAUACUAAAAGUGCACGUAAACCCAAAAGCCGAAAAUGGAGGGCGCAAAAAAAAAUCAGGAUUUAUAAAACCGUGUGCACGCACACUUGCACGCAAUGUUCUCUUUAUAAAUCACAGUCCAGCUGGAAGGUUGCGCAGGUGAAUUCGCCUCAUAUCCCGCCCUCUACACGCCCACUUCAUACCCUAAAUGGUCAAUGCAAAGUAGUUCAUGACUGUAUUUGCAUAUAAAUGAGCCUGCUGAGCAUGCGCAGCUCCUGCCUGCAGUCUGUUUCUGCUGCGCGUCAGGAUGAAUGAGACGUGUCGAGCCACCCUGCCACUAAAUUUCACGGAGACUGAGAUCGAGAUGUUGUGGAUGAGGUGGAGGACAGGAAAACCACAUUAUUUGGUGGUCACAGUAAAAGUAUAAAUAGUAUAUAAAUAGUAUAAAAUAAAGCGAGUGAGUGGCAGCACGUCGUUGCUGCGCUAAACGCCGUGAGUGCCACGGACAGAUGGUGCAGAAAAAAAAAGAAGUGGUGUGAUUUGAAGGUGGUGGCCAAGAGGUACGGAGCCCCUAAAGGGACACGGAUUUUUUUAAUAUAUACAUAAUGAGUUUUACGUGCGC